AUGUCUAUUCAUCUAAUGUGCCUUACCUCUGACGGUGGAGUGCCAAUCUAUUCGAAGAAGAGAGGCGACAGCGAAAACCUACCCUUCUCCACGAUAGCAUCUCUAAAUGGCGUUCACAUGUUUUGUAAGUCGCAAGGUGUCGAUCUUCCUGUCACCUAUCUCGAGGAUAGCAUGAUCAUGUGGAAGGAGUUCGAGGGUACAAUCGUUAUGAUUGGUAUAGCACGAGACAUAACAGAGAAAACGCUCCGACAACUGUUGGAUUACUGCUACCAGGCGAUGGUGUUCUGUGUGGGCAUACAAUCCAUCAAGAAAAUCAAGAACAUCGAUCGCUUCAAACGUGAGCUGAAGAACUAUUAUCCAUUGAUCGAUCAGUUGCUUGAUGUCGUGGAAAGCGAUCUGCUUCGAUACGUCGAUUGCGUUCUCUGUUCCGAAAGCAUGGGUAUGUUGACCAAGUUGAACGAGUUUAGUGUUCAGAUAGGCUCGCCCUUCUGCGCGAUACUAGUUCGCCAGCGCAUUGCCUGCGGUACAGAGGGUUGGUGGGAUUUGGACGUGAUCGAUCGAAAGCUGCUCAUGCUUCUACUGAACGCCUCGAGCACCAUCCAGCAGGACGUGCCCGUUUAUUUGCCCAAAAAGUCUCCCAGUAUUGCGUACCGAUUCAUAAGCAUUCCACUGACACAGGGAGUAAGCAUCUGUGCGCUGUGCGGCGCCGAACCCAAGUACGACGUCCUGCAAGGGCUUAGUCAACAAUUCUGGAUGAGCGAACUCGACAUGCUGAUCUCAGCCGAACAAAAGUAUCCGAAAAACUUCCCCCCAAGCAUUGAGCUGGACUCGCAUAUAUUGGGAUUUCUAUUGCUUAACCGCGAACACGCGAAGUACGUCAUAUCACGAGGCGUACAACCGUUAAAUACCGUGCCAAGCGGAAAAUCUCGAACAGGCGCAAUUUCUACUGGUGGAAACGCACAUCGGUUAGACAUUCUUCGGUCAUUUUUCCACCAAUCAGUCGACGUUAUGGAGGAUACCCUCCGGGAGGGCGAUCGAGUGAUAAAUCUGGAGCAGUACUGGUGUUCCGAUUAUCACAAAUGCCACGCUCUCAUCGAAGGAAGUAAUGUUCUCUGCGUGCUGUACACUUCAGCCAUUCCAACGCACAUUAUGAGGAUAGUAACACAAAAAACACUGAACACGUUGAUAUCGGAUAAGGAUGUGUGCUGGUAG